AGACAGUGUAGUAAGAGGUCCUGCCUCUGCCGAACUAAAACUUAUAACUUAUCAAACUUGGAAUUGCUAACCGCUUUUCCAGGAUUCACAGCUCAACUGUUCCUAUGCCUUGGAGCAUUCUUUGUCAGCACAGCAGUUCAUGCUUUCCAAGGUUUUCCACCUAUUCAUGGAUUUGCUAUGAUUGGAGGCAUUCUAUGGGCCAUCGCCAAUGCUUUUGCUAUCCCAAUUAUGAACCGAUUGGGUAUGGCACUAGCAAUACUCGUGUGGAACACGACGUCGUGUCUGACCGGCUGGGCUACGUCCAGAUACGGCUUGUUUGGACUUCCUGCAGCUGUACCGGCUAGUCUCUUGCUCAAUUACAUGGGAAUUGUAGCCCUGAUUUAUGCUUUCCAAUUCACUAUGGUCAUAGAAGAUUUUAAAAAUACACAGUGUUUUAGGAGCUUCAUAGCCGCACUGAUCUGCGGUCUGUUUUACGGUUCGAUGUGGAUUCCCGUGAAUUACAUCAAGGUACGUUCCCAGCUGCACUCACCGGGUCCUUUCCCUAUCCCACCGUAUUUGUUUUCGUUCUACUGUGGUGUUAUGUGUGCUUCCGCCUUUAUCUUCAUUUUGUACUCACUUUUUAGGCGAAGUAAUCCUUGGAUAAAUGCCGAGGCAGCACUUCCGUCUAUACUUGCCGGAGCGAUAUUCGCUGUUGCUAUGACGUCAUUCGUUAUCGCUAUCGACGUAUUGAAUGCGUCCAUAGCGUAUCCAAUUUGUGCAAUGGCACCAGGUCUCGUGGUGUCAAUGUGGAGUAUACUGUACUUUCGAGAAAUUACUGUACAAAAUCUAGCGUUUUUAGGGUCGGCGGAAUCUCAUCCUCCUCAAUUCACGUGGCUGUUCGAAUUAGUAGGUGGUCUAUAG